AUGAUGAGCGUACAAUCUUCUUCCUUGUUCGAUCUUCCAUUAGAUUUGGUAGAGGAGAUACUCGCUAGGGUUUCUGCUUCGUCUCUAAAACGAUUACGGUCUACAUGCAAACAAUGGAACGUUUUAUUCAGUGACCAGAGAUUCACCAUGAAGCACUUUGAUAAAGCAGAAAAACAGGUUUUGGUUGCCAUGUUGAGGGGAUAUGAUAUUUAUUCAACGAGCCUUAAUCUGCGUGGACUUCAGGAUAAUAUUGAUCCAUCUAUACAGCUUAAAGGUGAAGCUAUCCUAGAUCCUCUUUAUUGUAGUUUACUUAACACUUUGGUAUUUCAAGUCUUUCACUGCAAUGGCUUAUUGCUAUGCAAAACAGUAGCUAGAGUGUUGGUUUGGAACCCUUGUACUGGUCAAACCAAGUGGAUCAAAGACACGGUUAGUCUAAACGAUAAGUACGCUCUCGGAUACGAAAACAACAAACCGUGCUAUAGUUACAAAAUCAUGAGGUUCUUGGAUCUUGACACUUUUGAUUUGGAAAUUUAUGAGUUUAAUUCUAAUCAAUGGAGGGUUCUUUGUAGUAUCACUCCGGACUUCACGAUAGCAUUCUUUGAAGAUGGUGUGUCUUUAAAGGGAAACUCUUACUGGAUAGCUUCAGAUAAAGGAAAAGAAGAACUAACUCAAGAUUUCUUAAUAAGUUUUGACUUUACAACUGAGAGAUUUGGUCCACGUGUGUGCCUUCCGUUCAAGGGUUGUUCUUAUUGGGAUACUAUCUCCCUAUCAAGUACUGUACGAGAAGAUCGGCUUUCAGUGUUCUUUCAGAACGAAGAUACAUUAAAGAUGGAGAUAUGGAUAACAAAUAAUAUCACUCAGACCAAAGCCAUGUCUUGGAGCCCUUUUUUUAAGAUUGAUCCGAGCAUUCAUCGGUUUGGGACUGAAGUAAGUUUUGUCAUCGACGAGCAGAAUAAAGUGAUCGUGUGUUGUGAUGAGAAUGAAGAAGAUAACAACGAUUUUGUAUACAUUAUUGGAGAGGAUCAAUAUUGGAGAAAAGUAGAUAUUGGAAAAAAAACAUAUAGCCCACGUUUGUUCAGUUAUGCUCCAAGUUUGGUUCAAUUCUAG